AUGACGAUGAGUUCACCAGCUACGGCUCAGGACCUUACAAUCCUACAUUUCAAUGAUGUCUAUCACGUAUCCAACACCGACCUCGUCGCACGUUUUGCUACUGCACUCACGAAACCACGCUCGGUAGCAGUGAAUGGGUCCCCUCUCGCUCAAGGCGGCCCGACGUUACGCAUCUUCAGUGGCGAUGCGUUUUCACCAUCACUUGAGGCUGCUGUUCUCCGCGGAGACCACAUGGUCCCGGUGCUAGACAUCCUAGGCAUUGAUGUGGCCUGUUAUGGUAAUCAUGACUUUGACUUUGGCGAAGAUCGGCUCGUGGAGCUGGUUAAGCAGACUAGGUUUCCAUGGACUCUAGCGAAUGCUGUCUCUACAGUAGGGGGUCGCCUACUCGCCAAUGCGCAUGAGUAUGUGAUAAAAGAAGCUGCUGGAUACAGGAUUGGCUUCUUCGGCUUAGCAGGCAGCGACUGGCCAUCAAAUUGCAAACAUCUACCACAUUGCACCCUCUUGGACCCCGCGGCUGUGGCCAGACAAGUGGCUGCGCAUCUUCGACGCUCAGAAGAAUGCGACUUAGUGAUUGCCGUCACACAUAUGCGUCUGAUUGACGAUCUGGUCGUAUCUAAUGCCACUCUCUCAGGCGACGAAAGGGUAGAUUUAGUGCUCGGUGGGCAUGAUCAUCACGUUAUUCGUAGGGAGCCUGGUGACAAUAACAUGGAUCCGGAGACGAUACAAUCCGGAUCUUAUGCUUCGGGAGCCAAUAUGACCAACUUCAUUGGCAAUUCCACUGCUGGUACGCAUGUCGUUGCGUUUGCUCAUACAGGGAGUAUAGUGAAGCAAAUUUCGGAUCUAGAACGAUUACCCGAAUACAAUGAUAUCACACCUUUGCCACAAAUGCUCCGCAUCCUCGGCACUGUCCAUGACGAGAUUGAAAAAGUGGUCCGGCAGCCACUCUUUCGUACUGGUAUUCCGCUAGAGGGACGAAUGAGCCUAGUCCGUCGCCAAGAGACCAACCUAGGAAACUUGCUCGCAGAUGCUAUACGGGCUUUCAUAGCAUUGAUCAAUAGCGGGGCUAUACGAUGCGAUCGAGUUAUAAAUUGUAACAAUGGGUUGCCUCUCUGCAUUCGCGAUCUCAUUGAGAUUAGUCCAUUCGAUAAUACAUUUGUGGUCAAGCAACUGAGUGGAGAGGUGCUCUCUAAGGCACUUGAGAACUCCGUCUCGAAUGCCCAUACGGAUGGACGGUUCUUAAAAUUCUCAGGUCUUUGCAUAACCGUGAACUGGAGAUGGCCUGAAGGUCGUAGGGUUUGCAGCAUCUUCCAUACUCCGCCACAAAACGGCACACCACAACCCCUCGACAUGGAUCGCAUGUACACAGUUGCGAUGGUAGACUUUAUCGGCUCGGGGUUUGAUGGAUAUUCCUGCUUUCAGUCUGCCAAGACCUUAAUCAAUGUGGAAGGGGCAAUAACGGACACAAAUCUAUUGGAAAUUUUCAAGACUAGCGAUGCGGAUAAAGGGAAUUCUGAGACAGCCGGUGACCAUACGAAUGGUGGUCAAAGGGCAAGAAAAACUAUCAUCCAUCGAUAUCACGAGCUUGACGGCUUACCAAUUGUGAUGCCUAUAUUAGAAGACAGGAUAAAAUUUCUAGAUGAGUCAAACCUAUAG